AAUUCCGACUGUUGAGUAUCAUACGAGCUGUCAGAGUUGUCGGUUCGCGCCUCACAGCCCCCUCGCGCUCGAACGAAGAAGAAUCGCGUCGACCGCAGCAAGUCGUUCUCGUGAAAAAGAAAAAGAAAAAUUAAUUUCGUAACAAUGGACCGUUACUACCGUGACAGCGUGGCAGCAUUGAAUGCUUUGCGAAACCAAUUCAAUGGGCAGGUCGAACAAGAAUUUAUUCGCCAACUUUAUCCGCAGAUAGUAGAUUGGGCGGACAGAAUCCCAUGGGAGAAUUUCAAAGACAUUUUUCGACAAUUACAGCUCCGGCGAGAAGAAAUCGAUUUGCUCCUCAGAGAGGAUGCGAAGAGCGGCCUUCCCCAAUGUCCACUCAUCGCAUGCGCUUCCCAGACCAACUACAAGGACGAACCCGAUCUCGACGAGGACGGCAGACCUCCGCAGCGACGCACCACACCGUUGCACAUGAUAGCUGGACUCGAGUUUCCUGAAAUUUUGCCCUACGUGGCCCAUGAUCUCUUUGACAUUUAUGACAGAUUUGACGUGAACUACACCGACGAGUUGGGAUUCACGCAUUUCCAUGCGGCCUGCAAGUGCAACGUCGUAAAAGCCGUCACCAAAUUUCUCGAGCUCGGGCAAGAUCCCAAUCUGAUCGUGCCAGGGACGCUCGAUUCGCCGCUUCAUUUGACCACGAGCCCGGAGGUGGUCGAACUGCUGCUGGAAAAAGGUUCCGAUCCGACCCUGACCAAUGCCAAGAGAUCGACUCCUCUGCACAGCAUGUGCCGAGGAGGACUAAUGCACACUAGCCAGGAGCUGACGAAGAAAUUCUUCGAGAUCAACGAAAAAAUCGGUCAACAUCGCGUGCCGAUCAACGCCCAAGACAAUUCAGGCAAUGCGCCGUUGCACUUGGCUCUCAUGGCGUGCCAGCGGGGCACGAUGGAGAUUCUAUUGAAUAAUGGCGCGGACCCGAAUCUACCUCACGGAAAAAACCUUUGGACACCUCUGCACUUUAUUUGUCUGAAAAUUAUGUUCGCAACGCAUAAUCAAAAGAUACCGAUGGUCGAAUUGCUGCUGAGGGCUGGCGCCGAUCCCAAUGCCACGCUGGAGGGAUCGACUCCUCUGCAUCUUAUUUGCCAGCAUCAUGAUCACCAUGUCGAACUGUUGAAGAAGAUAUUCGAGCUCGGUGGGCGGCGGGUGAAUGUCAACGCCGAAGACCGUCAGGGCCGGACGCCGCUGUUUUACGCCGUGGUAACUCUCGGCCCGAGUUUGGUCGAUGUGCUUUUGGAUAAUGGCGCCGAUUUAACCAGCUUCAAUUUUCCGACUUAUGAUGACUUUCGCGAAUAUUCGAAAAAGUGGAAUCACGGGGCUCAUGAUAUCUUGAUCCUAGCAUCUGGUGUUUUGGCCAUCGUUGAUAUCCUCCAGAAAGGAGGAUACAAAUGGUACGAAAGAGAAGAAAUAUACGAUCUGACGAUCGGGGAAUUAUUCGAAAAGUUCUGGAUGUUUCAGCCCUUGUCGGACUCCGAUAUACGUUUGCGCAGAGGAAAAUGUUGGUUCGAGGAAGAUGCCUUCGUGGAAAAAGCGAAAGAGAUCAAAUUCAAAGGGGAUCUGUCGCUCCACGAGGUGAUCCAGUUACGACCCAAAGAGGCGAAAAAGAAGCUCGACUACUUGGACUACUUCAGAUUCGCUACGUCGGGCGAUUUACACAAGCUCGGGAAUUAUAAGUACGGCUGCGCCUUGCAUCUGUGCGAGAAGCUGGCCAGGGCACAUUUCCUGGAAUUGGCACUGGAGGUUUUCCCGAGCGUGAUUCCCAUUGGCAAUUCAGAAAAACAUUACCAAGAGGUCAACGAGACGAUUUGCGAUCACCUGAGGAACAAAGAUUUAUGGCAUAUGUAUAAGGCUCGGCAGCAGCAGAUCGAAAUCGAUAGAAAAAAGAAUAAUGGCUGCAAAAAUAACCCCAAAUUGAAAGCUUUGCGAAAACAAUUCAAUAGGCAGGUCGAAGAUGAAUUUAUUCGCCAACUUUAUCUGCAGACACUAGAUUGGAAGGACAGAAUCUCAUGGGAGAAUUUCAAAGACAUUUUUCUACAACAGCUUCGGCGAGAAGAAAUCGAUUUGCUCCUCAGAGAGGAUGCGACGCGCGGCCAUCCCCUUUGUCCACUCAUCGCAUGCGCGUCCAAGACCAACUACAAGGACGAACCCGAUCUCGACGAGGACGGCAAACCUCCGCAGCGACGCACCACACCGUUGCACAUGAUAGCUAGACUCGAGUCUUAUGAAAUUUCGACCUGCAGGGUCCGUGAUCUCUUUAACAUUUAUGACAGAUUUGACGUGAACUACACCGACGAGUUGGGAUUCACGCAUUUCCAUGCGGCCUGCAAGUAUGGCCUGGACGGCGUGGCGAAGAAAUUUCUCGAGUUCGGGCAAGAUCCCAAUCUGAUCGUGCCAGGGACGCUCGAUUCGCCGCUUCACUUGACUACGAGCCCGGAGGUGGUCAAACUGCUGCUGGAAAAAGGUGCCGAUCCGACCCUGACCAAUGCCAAAGGAUCGACUCCUCUGCACAACAUGUGCCGACUAACGAAAAAUAGCAAGGCGUUGACGGAGAAAUUCUUCGAGAUCAACGAAAAAAUCGGUCAACAUCGAGUGCCGAUCAACGCCCAAGACGAGUCGGGCAAUGCACCGUUGCACUUGGCUCUCAUGGCGAGCCAAGUGGGCACUAUGGAGAUUCUACUGAAUAAUGGCGCGGACCCGAAUCUACCUCACGGAAAAAAACAUUUGACACCUCUGCAAUUUAUUUUUCAGAAUAUCAUCAAUAAAUACGCAUCACGAAACGACCUGCGGGAAAAGAUACCGAUGGUCGAAUUGCUGCUGAGGGCUGGCGCCGAUCCCAAUGCCAUGCUGGAGGGAUCGACUCCUCUGCAUCUUAUUUGCCAGCAUUAUGAUCACCAUGUCGAACUGUUGAAGAAGACUCUUCCCCCUCGUAUUUGCCAGCAUCAUGAUGACGAUGUCGAACUGUUGAAGAAGAUAUUCGAGCUCGGUGGGCGGCGGGUGAAUGUCAACGCCCAAGACCGUCAGAGACGGACGCCGCUGUUUUACGCCGUGGUAACUCUCGGCCCGAGUUUGGUCGAUGUGCUUUUGGAUAAUGGCGCCGAUUUAUCCAGCUUCACUUUUCCGACUUUUGAUGACUUUGCCGAAAAUUCGACCACGUGGAUCGGUAAGAUUAAUUAUAACUUGAUACUAGCGUCUGGCGUUAUGGCCAUCGUUGAUAGCCUCCAGAAAAGAGGAUACGAAUGGUACGAAAGAGAAGAAAACAACCGUACGGUCGGGAAAUUAUUCGCCAGGUACGAAUUGUUUCAGCGCUUGUCGGACUCCGAUAUACGUUUGCGCAAAGGAAAAUGUUGGUUCGAGGAAGAUGCCUUCGUGGAAAAAGCGAAAGAGAUCAAAUUCAAAGCAGAUCUGUCGCUCCACGACGUGAUCCAGUUACGACCCAAAGAGGCGAAAAAGAAGCUCGACUACUUGGACUACUUCAGGUUCGCUACGUCGGGCGAUUUACGCAAGCUCGAGAGUUAUAGGUUCAGCUGCGCCUUGCAUCUGUGCGAGAAGCUGGCCAGGGCACAUUUCCAGGAACUGGCACUGAAGGUUUUCCCGAGCUUCGUUCACAUUCAUAAUUUGCCGGAACAUAUCUCUGAGACUAUUUUCGACCACCUGACGAACAAAGAUUUAUGGCAUAUUUAUGAUGCUUCGCAGCAGCAGAUCGAAAUGGAUAGACAAAAUAAUCCCAGCUCAUAG